AUGGUCAAAAUGGAUAUCAAAUAAUUAAGAGAUUUAACUCUAUCAAUUUAGAUACUUAAUCAAAAUAAGAUUUUUCAUAGAGAUCUAAAGCCUAAUAAUAUUUUAAUGAAUAAUGGAUAUCCUAUAAUAAUUGAUUUCGAUUGUUCUUAUUUUUGGGAACCUAAAUUAGAAAAGUGGUUAAGAGGGAAAGGAUUAACUACUAAAUAUUAUCCUGAAAAUGAUAUUGAAUAAGAUAAAAUUGAUAUAUAUUCUUUGGGAAUUAUAGGAAGGGAAUUUGUAGAGAAUUGUCCUGAAUAAUUUUCUAUAGGAGCAACAUUAGAAUACUAAGAUAGAUACUCAUUAAUCCAAUUGGAAAAAUUAUUAAAUUGA